CACUUGUACCACACCAGUCAAUCCGCGCAUCCAAAGGUCACCUCGCAAAAUGGUGCCAGACGACUCAGGUGCUCCUUUGGCUCAGAACGUCGAAUUGUAUGAAUCAAUUCUAAAUGAAAUCCGGCUACCUCUAACCCAGGUACUCAACGACGCUCUCUCGGCCCAUCAAGCAGGUGGUAGAGUACCCCUGCUCCGGCUGGAGGCAUGGCUCGACAAUUCGAGCACCGAGAACCGGCAAAAUGAGGCCGGGAGGGUGACUCUGGCGACGAUUGAGCUCGCAUCGACUCCCGCCAGGGACGGCAGUACUGAUAUUAUGGAAGAGGAUACCAGCAGAGACUGCGACUGCAGCGAAGAGGAAACCCGUGCUCUAGAUUCCGUCUCUAACGAUGACUUCUGUCAACCCGAUGCUCGUCCAGUCAAGCGGCGGAAGAUGGUUGGAUGCCUGAGGCUAGCACGUUCUGCGCCAAUCACUCGCGCCGUGUCCCCUGAGAAGGAGCCAAGUUGCCGACGCCUGACAAGUGAUGCUCGCCAUUUUCCCAAGCGGAAUCCCCCAAAGAAUCUUCGCAAGCCUGAAAUCUCACCUUUCGAACGCCUCAUUAUCGGUAUCUGGGAGCAGAUUCACGGGCAUUUUGAGAUGAAACCGUCUGACCUGGUCGAUCUAUGUACCCAGAUAAAUCAGUUACGGGCCGCAGUAUCCAAUGGAGCCCUUCAGCAAGGAGUGCUGCCGUCCUUCAUUCCUGGAAAGGGCGCUUUCCAAGGUAUGAAUCAUUACUGUCGGCAAAUCACGCAAGCAAGUCGUUGCAGCAGGUCACUCGAAGUCAUUGUCCAAGCACGAUGGAUCCAAUGUUACGACGAGCACGUUCAAAAGAUGGCGGCAGAAGAUCCCGACCUUUCUCUUACCAAGGCUCGCAUGAUUGCACUUGCGGAGGCAAGUAAAGAUUUCGGCUGGUCGUCAAAGGAGUUGCGUAACAAAAUGGCGAUCUGGCGGGGUUACGAAAUCAUACGAGAUGCUGGAGGCUGGCCGUGCCUGGUAUUCGCAGGCAUGGGCCUCUAUCGCUUCUGCAAAUACAAGCUCGGAUUUUCACCAACAAACAUGACUGCUCUGAAACGCCUUCGUACUCGAUUCGAGGUUGCGGCGGACACCAUUCAUCCAGAGUGGCGUCAGCUGUUGUCCGUUAUUGGGGAGCCGACCACUCGCGUCUACAAAGGGCACCCUUGCGACUGGGUCGUAAGUCGAAAUGGCCCGCCAGUGCCGUUGGCUGACACUUACUCUCAAUGGACCUCCGACUUCUCCUUUGAACACUUGCAAGAGUGCGUUAUUGACGAGCAGGCUUGGGGUCCAAUGGACCCUCGGGCGGAGAACAAUCACAACACCCAUCAGACAUUGCCGCGACGGCUUCUGUGUGAACGGUGCGGAUCGCCCCAAUCGAAUGAUCCUGGAAUCAACGAAUGCCACUGCUUCCCCGGCAUGUUUGGAAGCGGUCCGCGCAAACCUUAUCCGGUGCAGGUCUUUCGCACGGAAAAUGGGAGGAACAAUGGUCUUCUGGCCUGCUGCCCUUUUGAGCGAGGCGUCGCCGUCGGCGAAUUUGUCGGCCUCGUCACCAGAGGCCUCCGAGAUAUCGAUGUCAUGCAGAGUUUCGGACCAGCGGGCAUAUAUCAGAUCUGGCAGGGGCGACAGGGCAAUUACACCCGCUUCAUCAAUCAUUCAUGCCAGCCUAAUUCCCAGUACGAGCGGUUCAUGUGGCUUGGUGUCCAGCGUAUCGUACUCGUGUCCAAAGGCAUUUCUGCGGGUGAAGAGAUCACGGUCGAUUAUUCGAAUGAGUACUGGAAUCACUUAAACAAAGAUUGUUUAUGUGGUGAAAGUGGCUGUCGUUUUAAGAGGAGAAGUAAUGGGGCAUGAAGAGAAAACUGAGAAUUCCGAUAUCAAGUCCACAGAGAAAACGGCGGACUGACGACAAUGGAGCACUGAAACCUUUGUUCCGGUCUUGACAUGAAUAUGGGCAACAGAAGGAGCACUGCUUUUCAGGCCAGUUCAACCGUAUUCUCACCGGGCCCUGUUGUCCUGACCUGGUUCGCUGGUCGAAUGGUCACCGCUUGUAAGCGGAUCACCACCAGCCAAGUGUGACACAGGCUCAGCGCUGCCAUUCUCAUCCUGCCUUCGUUUGGUUUCUUGGACGACACCACUCUCUUCUGACUCAUCACUGGCCGAGAGGUGCAGUCCCAAUUUCACGAUGGGAAUAGUGAGGCCAUGGACAAUCUGCACUUUGUCAGAACAUUGCUUGCAGUCACGAAGGGAUGGCCACUCACAAUACUGCAGACAACCAGGAACCAGAUGACGACUGUCAUGGUCUCCCUGAGUCUCACAGCGUCCUCCCUGGGAUUGCCGUUCCGAUCCAAUACCUGAUCGCGGAGAUAUUCCUGACUGAUUGACAAAUAGAAGAUAGCACCGACGCCAAUUGGGCCGAAAAACCCAACGGUGGUGGCUUGUCGCCAUCGCUCGGUCUGGUGGAUGCGCUUGUGUAGGAGCAGAAGUACCGGUGGGCGACGAAGCAAGAGAACGAGAAUGCCCAAAGGAAUGAGGCGAUAUAUCGGAAUCAGGUCGUUGUGCGCGAAGCUAUACCAUGGACAUACAGCACCGAACCAGAUGAAGAUGGUGACGUUAAGGAUCAUGUCGAUGCUCGGUUGCAGGGAAUCAUCCUUUGUCUCGACUCGGAACCAAUCAUCCCAAGUGAAGACAUUGCCGGCGGCGAAACAGGCCAAGACAUCGUCGCUUCCAACGAGGCCGUCGGUUCCGAUGAUGAACAACUAAGCAUCGUCAGCAGCUAAUCUUUCGCAAUUGGGCUGGACACUCACAGCCAAGGCGAGUGCGAAGAUCAGAAAACUCUCCCUGUCAACCCAGUCUCUGUCUUCUGCCCAGUGCAGGAGUCUUUUGGCGAUCCAACCACACAUCGCCCCGUAGGCGCAGCUGACAAGGACCUCAUAAGCCCAUGUUUCAUAGAACCACAUGCCGAUAGCCUUGCCUGCGGUAUGCCCAUAUGCUCCCUGCCCAACGUAGGUGAUCAGGUACAGUGGCAAAAACAGGAAGGGAUAGCCCAAGCCGUCAUUGGCGCCAGAUUCGGCGAUGAUGAGAUCCUGGAGCGGCCGUGGGAUGUGCUUGUCAGCAAACUUGCCUCUGACAAUGGUCGCUGACAACACCGGGUCUGUAGGUGUCACGCACGCCCCAAUGGCGAGGGAGUACAGGAAGGUGAUGUUUGGUACAAGCGCCCAGACGAGCAGGCUUGUGAAUAUCCACAUCAACGUCAUUCCCGGACCCAAGAGGUUGACCUCAUCGUCCAGAGCGUAAUCGAGAGGCCGGAUCCAAUUCGCAGCAGGCCCAAAGAGUACUCCGACACCUAGAGAUAACACUGCAGAAAUGAGG